GCAACCACCACUGCGCACACAACUCAAACGAAGACCACCACCCCAAAGCAGCCACCACGUGGGUUGUUGACCUUGGAACGCAGUCGCGCAAACAACAACAAACAAACAAACGACCAUGGAGACCGUGCUUGUUCUUGACGCUGGCGCACAAUAUGGCAAGCUGAUUGACCGCGUUGUACGUGAGCUCAAAGUGAAGACUGAGCUCUUGCCAUUGGGCACCUCGGCGGCCACCAUCAAAGGCGGAAACUACAAAGGAAUCAUCAUCUCAGGCGGCCCAGGCAGCGUGUACGCCGCCGAUGCUCCGUCCUUUGAUGAGAACAUCUUCCACCUCGGCAUUCCAGUGCUGGGCAUCUGCUAUGGCAUGCAGCUUGCGAACAAGACGUUUGGUGGGAGCGUGCACCGCAAGUCCGAGCGCGAGGACGGCCAGUAUGAGAUUCAGGUGGAAACCGACAGCCGUCUGUUUGCUGGCCUCGAUGCCACCCAGCCCGUGCUGCUGACCCACGGCGACUCGCUCGACCAGGUUGCCCCUGGGUUUCGCACCAUCGCCAAAUCAGGCUCCAUUAUCGCAGGCAUUGAGAAUGAGGAGAAGCGCAUUUAUGCUGUGCAGUUCCACCCGGAGGUUCAGCUCUCCGUUAACGGCCGCGCCAUGAUCAAGAACUUCCUCAUCGACAUCUGCGGCUGCAGCGGCACCUUUACGAUUGAGAACCGCGAGGAAAAGGCAAUUGACGAGAUCCGCCGCCUUGUUGGCAAGAAAUCCGUGCUGGUGAUGGUGAGCGGCGGCGUGGACUCGGCAGUGUGCGCUGCCCUGCUCAACAAAGCACUUGGCCCACAGCGCGUCAUUGCACUGCACAUUGACAACGGCUUCAUGCGUCUGGACGAGAGCAAGCAAGUGAAAGUGUCGCUGGAGCGUCUUGGUCUGCCACUGCAUGUCAUCGACGCGUCGGAGGACUUCUACAACGGCACCACCACCAUCACCCGCAAGGACAAAUCCGAAUACGAAACAGCGCCGCUGAAGGAAGUGACGGCCCCUGAGGAGAAGCGGAAGAUUAUCGGGGACACGUUCAUCAAGGUCGCCGAGCGGGCCAUGCAGCAGCUCGGUAUCAAGUCUGAUGACGUCUACCUUGCACAGGGCACCCUCAGGCCAGACCUCAUUGAGAGCGCGUCCGCCCUCGCCAGCUCGUCUGCGGAUGCAAUCAAGACGCACCACAACGACACGGCGCUGGUGCGUAAGCUUCGCGAGCAAGGAAAGGUCGUGGAGCCGCUCAAGGACUACCACAAGGACGAGGUGCGCCAGCUCGGCCUUGAGCUCGGCCUCGCCGAAGACAUUGUGCAGCGCCAGCCCUUCCCAGGUCCUGGUCUUGCGAUCCGCGUCAUCUGCGCGCGGGAGCCGUACAUCUGCUCGGACUUUGAUCGGACGCAGCAGUUGGUGCAGGCGCUGCUGGGCCAGCCGUGCUCGGACGCAGAGGCUGCCGCCGUCGCUCAGGCCGCCAUGGAGCAGGCAGACCCAGACGGUUCUCUGCGUGAGCAUUCCAAGUCCUACUCUGCAUCACUUCUCCCCAUCCAGACCGUUGGCGUCCAGGGUGACGGACGCACAUACUCGUACGUCGUUGCGCUGUCGUGCACGGGCUCGCCGGAGUGGCCGCUGCUGCUGAAGCUUGCCAAGGUGAUCCCGCGUGUGUGCCAUCGCAUCAACCGCGUCGUGUACAUGUGGGGCGAGCCCGUCACGGGCCCUGUCCGCAGCAUCACCCCCACGCUCCUCCUCCCAGACGUCCUUCACGACCUGCGCAAGGUGUGUGUGUGUGUGUGUGUGUGUGUGUGUGUGUGUGUGUGUGUGUGUGUGUGUGUGCGAGUCCCUGUUGUCUGCGUCCCCGUUGAUCCGGACACGGGCAGCGCUGACGCGUCGUCGUCGCCCGCGCGCCGCAGCAUCGCCAUCCGCACGUUCCUCACCUCGGACUUUAUGACUGGCGUACCCGCCACCCCAGGCAACGAGAUGCCUGUGGAUGUGCUGCAGUCGAUGGUUGACCAGAUCUCCGCCCUCGGCCACGUCUCCCGCGUCAUGUACGACUUGACUGCAAAGCCACCAGGCACAACGGAGUGGGAGUAA